AUGCUAAGAACUACUGUCAAGAAUUUGUAUUCCACGAUCGCGAAGGAAACAUUUCGCCAAUCAACAUUGUCUAAUGGUUUAAGAGUAGCAACAUCUAAUGAUCCAGGUCACUUUAGUGCCCUAGGAUUAUAUGUAGGUGCUGGUCCCCGUUUUGAGAACGGAAACCUAAGAGGUUCUACUCAUAUUCUUGACAGAUUGGCCUUUAAAUCAACAGAACAUAUCGACGGUAGAACAAUGACUGAAACUUUAGAAUUACUAGGUGGGAAUUAUCAAUGUACAUCUUCAAGAGAAACAAUGAUGUACCAAGCUUCCGUUUUCAAUCAAGACGUCCCAAAAAUGUUGGAACUAAUGACAGAAACAGUUAGAUAUCCAAACAUUACUCAGCAAGAAUUAGAUGAACAAAAAUUAACUACAGAAUAUGAAAUUGAUGAAAUAUGGACCAAACCAGAUUUAAUCCUUCCUGAACUGUUACAUACCACUGCAUACUCUGGUAAAACAUUAGGUGCACCAUUAUUAUGUCCUCGAGAAUUAAUACCUUCAAUUUCUAAAUAUUACCUGAACGAAUAUAGAAAUAAGUUUUACACUCCAGAAAAUACAGUAGCAUCAUUUGUAGGUGUCCCGCAUGAGAAAGCUGUCGAAUAUGCGUCAAAAUACUUGGGUGAUUGGGAAUCAACUAAUCCACCAAUGACUCAGGAAUCUGCCCAUUAUACUGGUGGUGAAACUUGUAUACCGCCUGCUCCAGUAUUCGGUAACUUACCUGAAUUAUAUUAUAUUCAAAUUGGGUAUGAGGGUCUUCCGAUCGAUCAUGAAGAUAUUUAUGCCCUUGCCACUUUACAAACUUUAUUAGGAGGAGGAGGUUCAUUCAGUGCAGGUGGCCCAGGGAAAGGGAUGUAUUCUAGAUUAUACACGCACGUAUUAAAUCAAUAUUAUUUUAUUGAAAAUUGUGUAUCAUUCAAUCAUUCUUAUUCUGAUUCAGGUAUAUUUGGUAUCUCUAUAGCUUGUUUACCAGAAGCAGCUAAACAAGCAACAGAAAUUAUUGCACAACAAUUAUACAGCACCUUUGCAAAUAAAAAUUUGAGAUUAUCUCAUGAUGAAGUAUCGAGAGCUAAGAAUCAAUUGAAGUCUUCUUUAUUAAUGAAUUUAGAAUCGAAACUAAUUGAAUUGGAAGAUAUGGGUAGACAAAUUCAACUACGUAAUCGUAAAGUACCAGUGGCUAAAAUGAUUGAAAAGAUUGAAAAAUUGACGCCUGAAGACAUUACUCGUGUAGCUAGAAUGAUUUUCACUGGUAAUGUUAAAAACCCAGGUAAUGGUACUGGGAGACCUACCAUCGUUAUGCAAGGUAAAAGAGAGGCCUUUGGUGACGUCCAACAAAUGUUAAAGCAUUAUGGUUUAGGUAAAUAA